UUUUUAAAUCCCUAGGGAGGAGGGCUCGCGUUUGGCGCUUCCAGGACGAUAGGGCGGCUGGGAGAGGGGAGGGGAGCUUCGAGAGAGGCGAGGGCUUUCUAGGCGCUCGAUCUAGAAGCUUGGCCAUUCCAGCGCUUGGCUCGAGCUUGGGAUGCGCCUUAGGUCGCCGGAUCGGUGGAGAUUUGCUUCGCUCCCAAGCCAGCGGCGAUCGAUGGGGCAAUGCGGCUAUCGAUGAAGCGGCAGAUCUUCGGGGGAGGUAUGCUCUAGGAUGCUAGCAAGAUACAUUUCGAUGGGAGGAAGAAAUCUCGGUCGGCAGCUCUUACGGGGAGCCCUAAGAUCAGUGGAUUGAAGAAUCUGGAAGCUAUUUAUUUCGGUGGAAGCUGAGAAAGCAGAAUGAAGCGAGCGUACAAGCUCCAGGAAUUCGUUGCUCAUGGAUCCGAUGUCAACUGUCUUAAAAUCGGGAAAAAAUCCUCACGGGUGCUUGUCACCGGAGGUGAGGAUCACAAAGUGAACAUGUGGGCUAUCGGCAAGCCAAAUGCAAUCCUGAGCCUUUCAGGACAUACAAGUGGUGUGGAGUCCGUUGCCUUUGAUGCGGCCGAAGUACUUGUAGUAGCGGGUGCUGCAAGUGGAACCAUAAAGCUAUGGGAUCUUGAAGAAGCCAAGAUUGUCCGGACACUCACAGGUCAUCGGUCUAACUGCAUUUCUGUCGACUUUCAUCCGUUUGGAGAGUUCUUUGCGUCUGGAUCUCUCGACACCAAUCUGAAAAUAUGGGACAUACGGCGCAAGGGCUGUAUCCACACAUAUAAAGGCCACACCCGAGGUGUUAAGUGCGUAAAGUUCAGUCCCGAUGGGCGAUGGAUUGUUUCUGGCGGUGAAGACAAUGUCGUUAAGCUAUGGGACUUGACCGCUGGAAAGCUUAUACAUGAUUUUAAAUAUCAUGAGGCUCAAAUUCAAUGCUUAGACUUUCAUCCACACGAAUUCUUACUUGCCUCAGGCUCCGCUGACAAAACUGUGAAGUUUUAUGAUUUGGAAACUUUUGAGUUGAUUGGUUCGUCUGGGCCAGAGACGUCGGGAGUGCGUGUGAUGGGCUUUAAUCCGGACGGUAGGACAAUAGUUUCUGCAACGCAGGAAAACUUGAAGGUGCUGUCAUGGGAACCACUGAGAUAUCAUGAUGCCGUUGACGUUGGCUGGUCAAAAAUCGCCGACCUCAGUAUUCACGAAGGAAAGCUUCUUGGCUGUUCUUUUAACCAGAGUUGUGUCGGCGUGUGGGUUGUUGAUCUUACGCGUGCUACGCCACUUCAAGUUAGCGCUGCUUCUCGCACAAACAGCGUAGUAGCCGGAAAGGCGGUCUCAAAUAUUACCCCGGCCAUCGAUUCUCACGUGAAGAAUCCCGUUAAAACUUCGAUGCCGCAACCCUCUGAAUCCGUUCUAAAGGAAGUGAGAACCGGCACUGGUACAAAAUUGAAGCCAGAUCUUGAUGUUACUGCUGUCGAAAAUGCACCAAAUGCUCCUAAUAGAGUUUCCACUCCGUUACCGAGCAAAGCUUUGACGUCUUCUUACGUUUUGACUCCAAGAAAAGGUUCCAUAACCAGGGUACAAUCCAGCGACAGUGUUCGUCAGUCUUCGCCCAUGUCAGGCAUUGCUUCAAGGCCAGCUAGUGGUUUAAGCUCUUUCUCGGAGAAUGGCCAUGCCCCUACACCGAGGCAAGAGUCAACUGCAGAGUCCAUCAGGAAAAGCUUCGAAGGAAAUGGAAAAAUUAACGGAAAUGUUGGAGCGGGCGAUUCUUUUUCUCCAAGGGUUGCCGUCAUUAGAAGCUCUUACAUCCAUCCGGAUACGAGCAGUAACAAGACGUUCCCAACUGAAAGCGACGACGAUAGAGAAGAAAAGGUUACCAAAAGGCACACGCCAUUUUCUAUCAAAGCAGAAUCAGGAAUCAGAGGAUCCAUAUCCGACGACCGAGUACAACAGCUGAAGCAUUGUUUUGAUGAAGUAGCUGCUGCACAAGGAGAUGCCGAUUUCAGACGAUCUAGAUCUUUUUCUGCUCAACGGGGAAGGAAAGAAAGAGACAUCGCUGAUGUUCCUAUUACAGUUCAUGUGGGUCGUGGAAAGCCUGUUGCCUUGGACACGAGCCAACGUAACUCAAUGAUGGAUGCCAUGGAGAAACCUGCAGCUGCUUCUCAAGAUGAAACAGAUGCACUGGACGAAGUAAUGCAACAACAUUAUACAGUGAGUGGGACCUUACAAACACGGUUGGCAAAGCUUCAGAUGGUACGAAGACUCUGGUUUAAGAAUGACCUUAAAGCUGUUAUAGACGCAACAAGCAAAAUGGCAGAUAAUUCGGUUUUAGGGGAUUUAUUGAGUAUCCUUACCGAGAGGAGUGACAUGAUUACAUUGGAGGUGUGCUCGCUUCUCCUUCCACUCUUGAAUACCUUGUUGCACAGCAAUUAUGACAGACACAUCACGACUUCUUUGUCGAUGCUUUCUUUGCUGGUCAAGAGUUUUGGCCCACUUAUACACAACACGCUUACGGCGUCCCCAUCAAUUGGCGUUGAUGUGCAACUGGAAGAAAGGCAUGCCCGUUGCAGCGAGUGUUACAAGGAAUUGCAAGCAAUCAAACAAAGCAUAGCACCUUUAAUGAGGAAAAGUGGCGAGAUUUCGAAGACUGCACGGGAUUUGAAUGUAGCACUGAGCGACCUAUGAUCUUACUUUUGUCCGAGAAGAUCUCAAGCAUUACCAACGUUAUAUUCUGCCGCAGCUAUAGAUUGCUACAAGGUCGCAUGGCACACGGACUCGUCAGCUUUGCUCGUUCUAAUGGCGUUGAAUUGAUCGCCGCUUUGUAUAUUUUUUACUCGCGGGCGGGCUAAUGUUCAAGGUGCUGUACAAAUAAGUUUUUGACCUGUUUGUUAAUUCUUGAUAACUACUUAAUUUGCGUA